GUUUUGACUAGAUUUAUAUUCUACUUUUACUCCUGAUGUCAGCAUUCCAGCAAACCCCCACUCCAGCCAAUAACUCCAAGACAGACAUCUCUCAAAAGUUCCUUUUAUUUGGAUACUUCAGUGAAGCAAUGAAGAGUCAGCCCAAGCUGCCACUGCUGGAUUGUCUUUUGGGGUACUAUGCCAGUGUGACCCUCAUAGUAGUGGGCAUUCUGUUGGUGACCUCCAGUUUCAUCGCACUGGGCUUUAUUGGGACAUUUUUAGGUGACUAUUUUGGUAUUCUCAUGGAGAGGAAGGUGACUUCCUUCCCUUUCAACGUCAUAGAGAAUCCUAUGUACUGGGGUAGCACCUCCAUCUAUUUCGGAUGGUCCCUCAUGAACGCCAGCCCAGUGGGCCUCGUCCUAACCGUGGUGGUGGCUCUGUGCUACACAGUUGCUCUGCUGUACGAAGGGCCUUUCACCGAAGAGAUCUACCGCAAAGCACCGAAGUGUGAAUAAGGCCACGACACCAGUUGCAAAGACCUCCCCGAUGCUGGACACAAGAGAGCCAGCCUGCUGGUGGCUCCAAGAUGGGACAAUUGGAUAGGAUGAGAGAACUUCCGCCUGACUUCUGUCACGUUCCUCCAACUCCUCAACGAAUACACAAAACACACCAACAGCUCCCUCCUUUUUUUGUUUUGGUUUGAUGGGAACGCCCAAGACUUCACAAGCACAAGGCCAAGCCAGGCACAGCAAGGGUGGUUUCGAAUGCCGUUUCCAUUAGCUACGUAAUUCUGGAUGUUCAGAUUAUAGGCUGGAGAGCAUCAAAAAAGGUGGCCCAGGCAGGAGCGGUUGAUGUAACUGCAACCAUGUGUAGAACACGUACAAAGAGAGAUUGAAACAAUGAAAAAGCACCUAUACAUUCCUUGACAGGAGAACAAAGCUACGAGGGUGCAUAGGUGCUAAUGCUGCUUGCCCGUAUUUGUGGGGGGAAAGGGAUUGGAUGCUUCAGUGGGGAGGCAUGGACUACCUGUGAUCGUGCAGCAUCUGUAGUCAUGCAACAGACAUGCAACUGGGAACUGAAUUCAUCCAUUUUCUGGAUUAGCGCCAUGCCUUAAGGUCGUCACCAAAGGGCUGAGAUUAUUCAGAUAUGCAAAGCCAUAAACAAACCCUAACCAUGUUGAUCCCAAACCAAGAUUAGUGUGUUUUUAGGAAGGCUUGAUCUGAUAUGCUUAAGCAUGAGGUGUAAUUGGUGCUCUCUGAGGCUUGGUUGUUUUCUUGCCGACGUUUCAUGACCCAACUAGGUAACAUCAUCAACCUGCUAGAAGGGAAUGUAGUUUGUGGCAAAUGUUGAACAAACGCUGCUCUUUAAAUGAAAAUGGAAGAUUCUCUCUGGAUAACCAGUGAUGUCAGGAAGAAAAUUAAAAUCCAAGUUCUCCAGAAUUUGGUAGAAAACAGUAUUUGCAUUGUAUCUCCUCCAUUGUCCC